GUGAUGACGUCACCAAACCAGGAAAAGACUUUCAGUGUUGUCACAACAGCUCAGUCCUCCUCAUAGCACCCCAGAAAAUCCCUCAAACGGAGCGACACAGACUCUUGGAGGCUGCUGCUGUUUUUUUUCUUCCUGGUUGAUUCGUUUUCACGGUUGUUGUGCGUCAGCGAGGCCAUCAUGAACGUGACGCUCGCGGUGAAGCAGUACAUCUCGAAAAUGAUCGAGAGCAGCGGGCCCGGAAUGAAGGUGCUGCUCAUGGACAAAGAGACGACCAGUAUAGUCAGUGUGGUGUACACGCAGUCCGAGAUCCUGCAGAAGGAAGUUUACUUGUUCGAGCGGAUCGACUCUCAGAGCAGAGACAGCAUGAAGCACCUGAAGGCCAUUUGCUUCCUCCGUCCCACUAAGGAGAACGUUCAGCAUCUAAUCCAGGAGCUGAGGAGGCCCAAAUACAGCAUCUACUUCAUCUACUUCAGUAACGUGAUCAGUAAGAGUGAGAUCAAAGUUCUGGCUGAGGCGGAUGAACAGGAGGUGGUGGCUGAGGUCCAGGAGUUUUAUGGAGAUUUCAUCGCUGUGAACCCUCACCUGUUCUCCCUCAACCUGCAGGGAGUCGCUAGAGGGCGGAGCUGGGAACCCUCCAUGUUGAGUCGCUGCACUCAGGGUCUGACAUCCGUUCUUCUGGCUCUGAAGAAAUGUCCAAUGAUCCGCUACCAGCUGUCCUCAGACAUGUCCAAACGCCUCGCGGAAAGUGUCAAGCAAAUCAUCACCAAAGAAUACGAACUUUUUGACUUCAGGAAGACGGAAGUUCCUCCUCUGCUUCUGAUCCUAGACCGCAGCGAUGACGCCAUCACGCCGCUCCUGAACCAGUGGACAUAUCAAGCAAUGGUCCACGAGCUUCUGGGUCUGAAUAAUAACCGGAUCGACCUGUCCAGAGUUCCAGGGAUCAGCAAAGACCUGAAGGAGGUGGUGCUGUCUGCAGAGAACGACGAGUUCUACGCCAACAACCUGUACCUGAACUUUGGAGAGAUCGGCACGAACAUCAAGAACCUGAUGGAGGAUUUCCAGAAGAAGAGACCCAAAGGUCAGGAGAAGCUGGAGUCCAUCAGUGACAUGAAGGCUUUUGUCGAUAACUACCCCCAGUUCAAGAAGAUGUCCGGAACCGUGUCCAAACACGUGACAGUGGUUGGGGAGCUGUCCCGGUUGGUGUCAGAGCGGAAGCUGAUGGAGGUGUCGGAGGUGGAGCAGGAGCUGGCGUGUCAGAACGACCACUCCAACGCUCAGCAGGUUGUCCGGAGGCUGCUGCAGAAUCCUCGCAUCUCGGAGCUGGACGCCGUUCGUCUCGUCAUGCUCUACGCUUUAAGAUACGAGCGCCACAGCAGCAGCAUCCUCCCAUCCCUGAUGGAAGACCUGAACAGGAGGGGCGUGUCUGAGCGACACCGCAGGAUGGUGCAGGCUGUGGUGGAGUAUGGCGGCAAGAGAAUCAGAGGAAGUGACCUCAUCACGCCGACAGACGCUGUCUCCAUCACUAAACAAUUUUUUAAAGGACUUAAGGGGGUUGAGAACGUCUACACUCAGCAUCAACCUCUUCUCCAUGACACGCUGGAUCAGCUGAUCAAAGGUCGACUCAAAGACAGUCAGUUUCCUUACCUGGGAGCCAGCAGCCUCAGGGACAGGCCACAAGACAUCAUGGUGUUUAUAAUCGGUGGAGCCACGUAUGAAGAAGCUCUGACUGUUUACAACCUAAACCGCAACACCCCCGGCGUCCGCAUCGUCCUGGGAGGAAGUACCAUCCAGAACACGAAGAGCUUUCUGGAGGAGGUGAUGUUGGCGACGGGUCAGAGCAGUGGUAGCGACAGAUCACAGGUGGCCGGUCGCCAUAGCAACAGGCGCUAAACAGCGCCCCCCACCCCAGUUUCCUCUACAUCCAUUUCUCCUGCGUUGGACGCUCAGCCUGGCUCCCUCCGCCCGCCUUCAUGCGUGUGAACGGUCGGGCAUCGCUGUGAUGCAUCCGGACCGCAUCCGCUGACCCCGUUUCCGUGUUGUUUAACCGACUGGAAUGUUUGGAACACCGGUGCACAUAACAAUACGACACUCAAACUAAAAAAAACCCUGAUGGCAAAAACUAUAUAAGGCCUAGAAUGUGGUAUUGGUGCCGCACAAUGUUGUUGAUUUGAUUGGUGGAAAGCGGUGUAAUGGCUUCUAUUGAUUUUACUCAUCAUAGAGAUAACAGACGUGUUGAAGCCCAUGAAACCAAACAUUCCACAGCACCUUUGGUCAAAUCGGAUCCCCUCUUUGUCCAGGUCUGGAGUUUGUAACUUGUGUUUUUGACCCGUAACAAGAACGUUUGUUGUUUUUAUUUGGAUCUGUAGGUUUCUGUAAGUGAAUGACUGAACGUCAAAUAAAUAUUACAAGUCAAAAAACAAA